AUGCAGGUUAUUGACAGUGAAGAUAGUGUGGAAGAGAUGCUAGACUAUUAUGCUGAGCAGAAGGUGCUCAACAUAACUGUAAUUAAGGCUAAUGAGUCUAAUCCAGGAGAGUUUAACAUGUCAAAUAUUGUGGAGGAACAAGUGCCUAUAAGUAAUGUGGGGGAUUCCAACAUUAUUUCUAUAGAUGAGGCAGGAGUAUUGUUCCCUAUUGUUGUUCAAGACACAGUUGAAGAGCUCUAUGUUGUGCCUAUUGCUGUUGUAGAGCCAAGUGAAGAGUCUGCAUAUAUUAACACACAACAGAGCAUGAAUUUGAAGAAAGCAAAGGGCAAAGAGAAAUUACAGGAAGAUGUUGGCCCCUCUGAUGAUGAAGUGUUUGUUGAUUUGAACUGCUGUGAGGACUGCUCUGAGGAGGAAGAUGAAAUCAUUGAGAAGGAAGAUGAAAUCAUUGAGGAGGAAGAGCAUGACAUAGGUAAUGAGGAGGAAGAUGAAAUCAUUGAGAAGCAGAAGCAGAAAAGGAAACAGAGAGAGGAUCCUAUGCAUCACUUUGAAGGAGACACAGAAGUGGAAGAGAUGUGUCCAGAGGCAGAGGACUCAGACACAGAACCUGAGACACCUCUUCCUCAAACAUUCAAGAAAGUAGGCAAAGCAGGCCCCACUACAAGAUCACACCAUGAAGCUGACAUUGAGGUAAUUCCUGAUUUCAUUCCAUCUGAUGAUUCUGCUUGUUUCACUGGGGACUAUGGCAUUAGUGAUUCAGAUGAUGAGUCAGGUGUACCACUGCCCUGUGGAAGGAAGAGUCAAGCCAAGAGGGCCAGGACUAGGAUCUGGUAUGAUGAGACCAAGCCAGAUGCUCAUGACCAACUUUGCUUGAGUAUGUGCUUCACUGAUGUGUAUCAGUUUAGAAGAGCACUUAGGAAUUUUCAUAUCAGAAUCCUUAGAAAUUUCCAGUACCAUAGGAACUGCAAGGAUAGGAUCAUUGUGCAUUGCAAAGAAAGGGACAAUGGGUGUCCUUUUUUCAUGACUGCAUCCACAAUUGCUCAUGAGAAGACAUUCUGCAUCAAGAAGAUGAAGUUGUUGCACACUUGUGGUGCACAUGGAGAAAAAACCAAAGUGACAGUUGACUGGAUGGCCAGAACAUGUGAGCAGCAACUGAGAGAUAAUCCAAGGGCUGGUGUUGAUGCAAUUUUAAAAAGAACAAAGACUAAGUAUGGGCUGGAAGUGCCAAAGACCAAGGCCUACAGGGCAAGGUCAUUGGCCAUUGAAGUGGUGGAAGGUGACAUGAAGGGACAAUACACAAGGUUUAGGGAUUAUCUUCAAGCUGUGCUUGAUACCAACCCUGGGAGCAGAUGCAUUGUGACUACCAGAGAGCUUGAGCUCCAUCCUAGCCCAAAUCCUAGGUUCCACUACAUGUUCUACUGUCUGAAUGCUUCAAAAGAAGGUUUCUUGAAUGGGUGUAGGCCCUUUAUAGGUUUAGAUGGUUGCUUUAUCAAGCUUUCUACUGGGCAACAGAUACUUGCUGCCACUGGUAGGGAUGGGAAUAACAACAUAUUCCCUAUUGCAAUUGGUAUUGUUGAUAAGGAGGACAAGGAAAGUUGGACUUGGUUUCUUAGCCAAUUAAGAGCUUGCAUUGGAGAGGGGAACAAGUGGGGCACAUACACAAUCAUCUCUGAUAGACAGAAGGGGCUGUUGAAUGCAAUUCAAGCUGUGUUCCCACACUCACCUCAAAGAUAUUGUCUUAGACAUAUCUAUGCAAAUUUCCAGUCAGCUGGCUUCAGGAGUGAGGAGUUGAAGAAGCAUAUGGACAAUGCUGCAUAUUCAUACACCAAGAAUGGUUUUGAGGUUGCAAUGAAUGAACUGAGAAAGGAGGAUGAAGAUGCUUGGAAGUGGCUUUGUGAUAUCCCUAAAGAGACUUGGGCAAGGCAUGCUAUGGAUCACACAUGCAAGACAGACCUAGUAGUUAACAAUCUUAGUGAAGUGUUUAACAAGAUGAUACUAGAUGUGAGGAACAAGCCAAUAAGGAGUUGUGUAGAUGGAUUCAGAACUAAGUUGAUGGUUAAGUACCAAGCAGUUAGAGAGAAGACAGAGAAGAGUAAGUGGGAGAUAACACCCACUUAUAUGGAGAAGUUGGAGGAGUCAAAGAAGUACUCAAGGCACUGCACUGCAUACAUGGCAGGUCCUGGUAUUUGGCAAGUCACUAGUGGGGAGUCUACCUACCGUGUGAACCUUGAUAAGUGGACUUGUGACUGCAAGAAGUGGGACCUAUGUGGUUGGCCAUGGCCUGACUGUUGGCCUAGGACACCAACUACUGACAUAGAUCCACCAGUGUUCAAAGAGAAGAAGGGCAGAAAGCAAACAGCUAGGAGGAAGGGGCAAUUUGAGGUCCCAACAAAGAAGGAUACAUCAAGGAUGGCAACUAUCACCUGUAGCAACUGCAAGAUGCAGAAACAUAGGUACACCUACUGCCCUCAGCCCCUGAAGCCUCAUCUGCAGGCAAGAAAGGACAAGCACAAGACAACCAGAACUCACUACCAUGGAGCUGGGGGAAGUUCUACUGCUACUGCACAGCCUGCAACCAGUGCACCACCUGCUGCAACUACUAGGGUUAGAAGAACAACUGCUACUGGUCAUUCCCAGCCUGCUACAUCUACCAGGGGAAGAAAAUCAACUGCUGCUUCUACUGGUCCUGCCCAGCCUGCUGCUUCUACAAGGCCAAGAAGAACAACUGCUGCUUCUACAAGGGCAAGCAUCACCAUUGAUGCUUCUACUACUUCCCAGGCUGCCACAAGAGCUUCAGGUUCAAGCAAUGCAGCCAGCAGGAGAGGUGGAAGGCCCUACAUGGCACCUAGGGCUGCAACUACAAUAGAGGGAGCAACAGUAGGGUCUAAAAGGAAGAGGUUCCAGAACACCAGGAUGAGGGGUUACUUUUAUGCCAGUGGCAACUAG